UCUGACAGAACACCUGCCAAUCGUAGACCUGCACAAUGAGAGUGGCAUCCUCACUACUGGCGUUUUCCUACUUACUUAUUCACGCUAUUGGUCUAAUACUUUUUCUCCGCGGCUUCUUUCCUGUAUCUGUGAAGUCUCAGUCCAGGAAAAACACCGCUUCCGAGAUCCCAGCUGAGCCAUCUGCAGGAACAAAGUCAAAUUGGACUCAUCUGCCACCUCCUCUUUUCAAAAAAACUGUGAUUCUUCUGAUAGAUUCUUUGAGGCAAGACUUUGUGUUUGGACUGAAAGGAAAAAUACAUAUGCCUUAUAUGACACAGCUCCUAGAAAAAGGCACAACACACAGUUUUAUUGCAAAAGCAGCGACCCCAACUGUCACAAUGCCUCGAAUCAAGGCUCUAAUGACUGGCAGUAUACCUGGAUUUAUCGAUGUUGUCAUGAAUCUAAACUCUCAAGAGUUGUUGGAUGAUAAUUUGUUAUGGCAAGCAAAAGAAGCUGGCAAAAGGGUAGUAUUUUAUGGUGACAAUACAUGGAUAAAACUAUUUCCAAACCAUUUUGUAGAACAUGAUGGGACAACAUCAUUUUUUGUUUCAGAUUUUACAGAGGUCGAUAAUAAUGUUACUAGGCACUUGGAUGAUGUGCUAAGCAGAAAUGAUUGGGAUAUACUUAUAUGUCACUAUCUUGGCUUGGAUCAUAUUGGACAUUUAACAGGGCCAUACAGUCACUUGGUGGGUCCUAAGCUUUUUGAGAUGGACAUUGUCUUGAAAAAAAUCCAUACUUCAUUAAUCUCAAAGAUACUGGAGUAUGGAGUGGUUGCCACUUGCCGUUUUGCUGUAUGUAGGUCAUUACCUGGUGGUGGACAGUGGAGGUCCCAGAGUGUAGAAGAUUGUUCUGACUCUUGCACCGAAGAAGAAUCCCUUCCUAAUUUAAUAGUUGUCUGCGGUGACCAUGGUAUGUCAGAAACAGGAAGUCAUGGGGCCUCAUCUGACGAGGAAAUUGAAACUCCACUAGUUUUCAUUAGCUCUGCUUUUGAAAGGAAGAAUGACUCUGGUAAAGUGCCAGAGACUUUACAGCAAACUGAUCUGACUCCAACCUUGGCAAUCAGUCUUGGCCUUCCAAUCCCAAGAAACAACCUUGGUAUGCUGAUACAUCCAGUUGUUGAGCAUGAGCUGAUGAGACAGCAACUGCGCUUUUUUCAUUUAAAUGGAUACCAGCUAAGCACGCUACUGAGAGAAAAUUUAAAAUCUUCGGAAAAUGAUGUUGGAGUUGAACAGUUUAAGAAGGCUGAAAAGUCUCAUGAGAAUUGGCUUAAACUUUACAUGGAAGGAAAUGCCUCAGAGAUUCUCAAAAAUCUUGGCAAUAAAGUUCUGAAGCAAUAUUUAGAUGCACUGAUGAAGUUAAGCUCUUCUCUCAGCAAACAAGUUGCAGAGUAUGAUAUGUAUUCCAUGGCUGUCGGAGCAAUAAUUUCUCUAGAGAUUUUCAUCCUCCUCGUUCUCAGCUUCCCAAAUGUGUUGUGCAGCUGUGCAGAGUUUGAAGUGCCUCUCUCCUCCCCAUUUUUCUCCUUGCUAUUCUACAUGAUGUCCCUUGUACUUGCAGCAGUUCACGUCAUUGUUUGCACCUCCACUGAAAAAGUGUGCUUUUUCUGUAGUAUAUCAUGGGUAACGGCAGUAGCGAUACUGACUUUUAUCUCUGCACUGUGCUGCAUUAUUUUAUCUAUGUUGGGGAAAAUUGCAUCAAAACCAAAACCACCCACCAUGAUUCAAGAUUCUGUGUCCUUGUGGUCAGAGAUGGACAUUCUUCUUUUAAUGGGAACUCUGGGCUAUGUUUUAAGUAUGGGAUCAAGUAGCCUAAUUGAAGAGGAACACCAGACCUGGUAUUUCCUUGUAAACACCCUCUGCUUUGCCUUGGCCCAAGAUUUGUGCCGGAAAUAUUUUAUUGUGAAAAAAGAAAAGGCACAUUCAUUAUCACACAAAAGUGAGGAGAUAGAAGGUGUAUGCAUUAAAGAAGAAUUGCAACUGAAAAUGUUGCCACUAUUAGCACAUUUCCUUAAAGACAAUGAAAAACUGAUUGCGUUGUUAAGUCCUUGGGCUAUUCUUAUCUGCUGCCGACUGUUGCGCACUUUAAACCAAACUGGAGUCCAGUGGAUGCACAGGCCAGAUUUUGGACAUUGGUUGACAAGCUCAGACCACAAAGCAGAACUUUCUUUUUUAGUGGCAGUCUCAUUGGUCAUGAUACAUUUGUUAAUUCAAGGAAGAUGCUCUUCUGUAUCAAAAAUAGCUUUGGCAUUUGGACUCUUGGGGGUCUACAGUUACAGAGCAGCCACUGGACAUGUGUUAUAUCCGUGGGAACAAACCACUAAGGAGAUCUCAAAGGGAAUCACAGAAGCAUGCUUUGUGUAUAUAUUUGUUCUUGGUGUUCUCAUUACUGGAAUCAUUACUGGAAUCAAAGACCUCUUGAAAUCCCAAGUUAUUAAUGCAGACCCCAAAACAAGGAGCACGAGUUUAUGGGAUGUGUAUUGUGGCUUGGUUCUACUUGCUGCUCUUUUAUUUCGACCUCACAACCUGGUAGUGCUGGUGUUCUGCCUGAUGAUUCAGAGCACUUUGACAAUGUUCAUCUGGAGGUUGCUGAAAUAUAAUGCAGUUCAAGUCACCUUAAUGCAUUACUGGUUCGGGCAAGCUUUUUUCUUUUUCCAGGGUAAUUCAAAUACUAUCACUACUGUGGAUAUUUCAGCAGGUUUUGUUGGUCUGGAUAACUAUAUUGAAGUCCCGGCGGUUUUCCUUACAGCAUUUGUGACGUACAGCGGUCCUUUGCUUUGGUCUGUUCAUCUGAUAUACUACCUAAACUCGUGCAGGAUUUCAACUUCUGUCGCUCACGGCUGUUACAGCUAUGCCAUAAUUCAUUCCCUUCCAGUCACAGUCUACAUAAUUCUAAUUACUAUUCUUCGCUACCACUUAUUUAUAUGGAGUGUUUUUUCCCCAAAGCUACUUUAUGAAGUCUUACAAUUAUUCAUUUCAGUGUUUGUAUGUUUGAUUUUCACUGCUGUAGACAAGUUUGUACAGACUGAAGUUUAAUUUGAAAGAGAUAUACAUUUUAUUUAUUGGGUAAACAAAACUUGUACAUAUACAUCAGUGUGUUAUUUCUCUAAGAACAAAGCAAGCAUGCAUUUGUAUAGAUACCAAAUGGUCCCAAUAAAGUAAUUUCUAAAUGA